AUGGCUACUGGCAGCUUGCAGUUGACAAUUGCAGACGACUUUGGUGUAUCACAACAGUUUGUCAGUAGAUGCAUCAAGGAAACUUUGUUGUCAAUUGCUCGUACAUUUAAACGUUAUGUUGUAUUUCCAGAUAGGCUAGCCAUUCGGGCUACCAAUCGAAAAUUUCAGGACACAGCAAAUUUUCCUGGUGUAAUUGUGGCAAUCGACUGCACGCAUAUCCCAAUUGAAAAUCCUGGGCGGGAACGUGCAGAAAAAUUCAGAUGCCGAAAGGGAUUUUUUUCCUUAAAUGUUCAAGGUGUAUGUGGCCCUAACCUUGAAUUUCAUAAUAUCGUUUGUCGGUGGCCCGGUUCUGUGCAUGGUAGCAGAAUUUUUACAAACAGUGACAUGUGUAUGAAACUGGAGCAAAGCCAGAAUACAGGUCAUAUGCUAGGGGAUUCUGCUUAUCCUCUACGAGCAUACCCAAUGACACCAAUAAGCAACCCUAACACAGACUCUAAAGUAAGGUAUUAUGCAGCACACGCCAAGACAAGAAAUGUUAUAGAGAGGACAUUUGGUGUAUGGAAGAGAAGGUUCAGAGUACUCUCUUCUCAGUUACGAACGAAACUGAAUACGUCUAUGUUGGCAAUAUGCAGUGCUGUUGUUUUACAGGAAAAGAGCAGCCAUUAUGUGGUUGUGAAGUGGCAUGAGGACAUGUAUUUGUACAUCGAUGUACAAAGACAGUAUAGUUUUAAAGGUUAUGGGAAUAUAUGUGUAAUCUCUUAA